CAUGUCCUUCCUAAAACCCUAAUUUCAAAUUCGACUGAUGUUAGCAAUUCGAUCAUCAAAUUACCUCCGAUGCAUACCCUGUCUCUCUACUAAAACCCAAUUCUCUCAGUUCUCCUCCGUUUUGCUGUCUUUUAGCCGCAGAGUUUCCCACUUGCGUCUUAGCUCGUGCUACAGAGCCAUGUCUUCUUCCCGCCCUUCUGCAUUUGACGCUCUUAUGUCAAAUGCUCGCGCAGCUGCCAAGAAGAAGACGCCUCAGACCUCCGCCUUGUCUCGUUCUCCGAACAAAAGGAAAAUUGCGGAAACCCAAGACGCUAAUUUGACCAAAACUCUUGUUUCCGAAGGUACACUACCGAAAGCUGAGGAUCCCGUGGAGCUUGUUUCUGAUUCCGCAAACCCCAGAUCGGAUAAGUCGUCAAUUGCGGAAGACUCGAAGGCCGGAGCCAAAAAGUCUAGGACUUUGAGCAAAACGGAUAAAAUUGACGAAAUGAAGAGCAAAAUUGGAAUGUUGAAGAAGAAGCCCAAUGAUUUCGAUCCUGAGAAAAUGUGUUGCUGGGAGAAAGGGGAGAGGGUUCCGUUUCUGUUUCUGGCAUUGGCUUUUGAUCUGAUUUCAAAUGAAAGUGGCCGAAUUGUGAUUACCGAUAUUCUGUGUAACAUGUUGAGAACCGUUAUUGCCACCACGCCCGGAGAUUUGGUUGCUACUGUUUAUCUUUCUGCGAAUGAGAUUGCUCCUGCUCAUGAAGGUAUAGAAUUGGGAAUUGGUGAGGGUUCAAUCAUCAAGGCAAUCUCUGAAGCUUUUGGUAGAACUGAGGAUCAAGUGAAGAAGCAGAAUACGGAACUGGGAGACUUGGGGCUUGUAGCAAAAGGAAGCCGUUCGACUCAGACUAUGAUGUUUAAGCCCGAACCAUUGACUGUUGUCAAGGUUUUUGAUACAUUUCGACAAAUUGCUAAGGAAACUGGAAAAGAUAGUACGGAAAAGAAGAAGAAUCGAAUGAAGGCACUUCUUGUGGCAACAACAGACUGUGAACCUCUAUACUUAACACGUUUACUUCAGGCGAAAUUGCGGUUAGGGUUCUCAGGUCAGACUGUCUUAGCUGCUUUGGGACAAGCAGCUGUAUAUAAUGAAGAGCACUCAAAGCCGCCCCCGAAUACCAAGUCUCCUUUAGAAGAGGCUGCGAAAAUUGUUAAACAAGUCUUCACUGUGCUUCCUGUCUAUGACAUUAUUGUUCCUGCUCUUCUAUCUGGUGGUGUGUGGAAUCUUCCAAAAACUUGUAAUUUUACACUGGGUGUUCCAAUUGGACCCAUGCUUGCAAAACCAACCAAAGGUGUAGCAGAGAUACUGAAUAAAUUCCAGGACAUAGUUUUCACAUGCGAAUACAAAUAUGAUGGCGAACGUGCACAGAUACAUUUUAUGGAGGAUGGUACAUUUGAGAUAUACAGUCGAAAUGCGGAAAGAAACACUGGGAAGUACCCGGAUGUUGCGAUUGCGUUAUCAAGAUUAAAGAAGCCGUCUGUGAAGUCUUUUAUUUUGGAUUGUGAGGUUGUUGCUUUCGACAGGGAGAAAAAGAAAAUUCUUCCAUUCCAGAUUUUAAGCACUCGAGCCCGUAAAAAUGUGAAUGUCAAUGAUAUUAAGGUUGGCGUAUGCAUCUUUGCUUUUGACAUGUUAUAUCUAAAUGGCCAACAACUUAUCCAGGAGAAUCUUAAUAUUCGCCGAGAGAAGCUAUACGAAUCAUUUGAGGAAGAUCCUGGUUAUUUCCAGUUUGCAACUGCUCUAACAUCGAGCGACAUCGAUGAAAUACAAAAGUUUCUUGACGCUUCUGUUGAUGUUGGCUGUGAAGGUUUAAUCAUUAAAACAUUGAAUUCGGAUGCUACAUAUGAGCCUGCAAAGCGAUCAAAUAAUUGGCUAAAAUUGAAGAAAGACUAUAUGGACAGCAUUGGAGACUCUGUGGAUCUUGUACCAAUUGCUGCUUUUCAUGGACGUGGCAAACGCACAGGUGUCUUUGGUGCAUUUUUACUCGCUUGUUACGAUGUUGAUAAGGAAGAGUUCCAAAGCAUUUGUAAAAUCGGUACUGGAUUUUCUGAUGCCAUGCUUGACGAGCGGUCGUCCAGUCUUCGCUCUCAAGUGAUUGCUACUCCAAAACAAUACUACCGAGUUGGAGAUACCCUCAAUCCAGAUGUUUGGUUUGAGCCCAGUGAGGUCUGGGAAGUGAAAGCAGCUGACUUGACAAUUAGCCCUGUGCACCGUGCAGCUACCGGCAUUGUGGACCCUGAUAAGGGAAUUUCUCUUCGCUUUCCUCGUCUGCUCCGUGUACGGGAAGACAAGAAGCCAGAGGAAGCAACAUCAUCCGAGCAGAUUGCGGAUAUGUACCAAGCUCAGAAACACAAUCAUCCAAGCAAUGAAGGCAAAGGUGACGAUGAUUGAGCAACUGUAAUCUGCUCUCGGAGUAUAUUUCCUCGUAUGAGAUUGCGUCUAACUUGCUAAUGAAGCACAUUGCGUGUUUGAGUCUUCAACAGUAACUGCAUAUGUAAAACUGUUUUUAGGGAAAGUUAAAGAGCCCUUCUGUGGAAAAAAGUUCUGAUUCAUUCACUUUCACAUGCUAGAAAGAAAUCAAAUGAGCAAAUAUGUCAAGUAA